UUUUUUUCUCAAUAGAGCGAGAAAAAGGGGAAAGAUCAUUAAAAUCAAAAUUAGUCUUCUCUCUUCUCCUGAGAUUCAUUGUUGACCAGCAGGAUUCAUCUCUAAACCCUCCUAACUCGCUACGUCGGGAACCACCACCACCGUCGUCAUCCUCUAAGCAUUGUCGCCGUCGAUUUCAGCUUAUCAGGUUUUGAACAGGUUAAGGCAACAAUGAAUAGCCAGCCUCUAUCCAAUGGAUAUCCAUACAGAAAACUUGAACAUGAAGCAGGAGCAGGAGCAGGAAAGAUGAAUAAGGCUCAGCCACACACCCUGAAAAAGAAUGGUGGGAAAGCUGCAAGUGUGGAUAUCUCUUCUCGUGAUCCGUUUGAGUAUCUCGCAACUUGCCAUAUCGGACAUCAUGUCGAAGUUCAUCUAAAAGAUGGGUCGGUUUACAGUGGCGUCUUUCAUGCUUCUGCUGAUGUGGAGAACAAUUUUGGAAUUGUUUUGAAAAUGGCAUGCUUGAUUAGGGAAGGUAGUUUACAGGGAAUGAAACUCCUUUCUCCGCUUGUCAGCAAGCCACCUUCAAAGAUGCUCAUUCUCCCUGCCAACGAAGUUGUGCAAGUUAUAUCAAAGGACCUUCCUGUAUACAGCAGUAACGCCUCAAAUUCAGCUCAGUGCGAGAGACCUUUAGAGCUGUUGACAGACUCUUCUAUAUCACAGUCUUAUCGUGUUGAUUUGGAAAGAGAGCUGGAACGUUGGGUACCUGAUGAAGAUGUUCCAGAUUGUUCGGAUCUGGAGAAUGUGUUUGAUGACCCUUGGAAGAGGGGCUGGAAUCAGUUUGAGGUCAAUAAGACAUUGUUUGGAGUAACAAGCACUUUUGACGAGGAACUUUACACCACAAAACUCGAGAGAGGUCCUCGGACGAGGGAGCUAGAAGAGCAAGCCUUGAGGAUUGCAAGAGAGAUCGAGGGUGAGAAUACCCGAGAUCUUCACGUAGCAGAGGAAAGAGGGCUUCAGCUUAGUGGAAAGUUCGACAUUGACGAGGAAACUAAAUACUCCUCGGUCUGUCCGGUUAAUGGAUUUGGUGAUUCGGGUUAUGAAGAAGAAGAAGAAGAAGAAGAAAUCUUGUUGAAUUGCCGUAAUAAUUUGACCUUUGGUGAUUCAACUGCUUCUGAUGGCAUGAAAUCUACUUCAAGUGGCAAUGGCAAGGGCUAUGAAGAAUCAUGGGGGGGUGGCAGUCUAGCUAGUGUAGGUCAGAGCUGCUUGAACUCAAAUAAGCAUGCUCGGCAGCCUAUGUUCGAACAGCCAUCCAAAGAUACUCCUGCUCCAGGUAGCAAGAGCCAGUUUGGUGAGCAGAGAACCGGCAAAUGUCUAGAGGCUUCCCAUUAUAAAAAGCCGUCCGUGGAAUCAGUGUCUGGUCUUGAAGAUAUUAAUGAAGAUGCAGCAACCUCUGAUCCAUGGAGAACUGCUGAUAGGCAAAGUUCCACUGAUGGAAACCUACACAGUCGAUUUUCUGACAGAGUGAAACCUGAGAGUUCUCAUUGGCGGCCUGGAAAUUCAGAAAACUCUGCAACUUCCCCGGCAGCAUCAAGUCGUCCAAUGCUAUCACCAAGCUCUUCAAUUGGUUCUUAUUCUUCAGAAAAGUCCAACCUCAACCCAAAUGCCAAGGAAUUUAAGCCCAACCCCAACGCAAAAAGUUUCCAACCAUCUCCAACAACUACACGGCCUCAAUCUCCAGUUGCGGACGGAUCAUUCUAUUACCCUCCCCCUCCGCCUAUGCCUGGAAUACACAUUUUAUACGGAAUGGGAGCAGCAUUCCCUGGACAACAACAUCCAAUGAUGUAUAACAACAAUACACCUCAGCAGCUUGGUCCAAAUCAAACUUACUAUUCUCCUAAUAGUCCACAGUACCAACAACAGAUGAUGGUUGGUCAGCAGAGACCGGUUUUGUUUAUGCCGCCGUCGCCAUACCAACCGGAGAUGCCAUAUAAAGGAAGGGAUUCUUAUUAGCUUUUGACCAAACCAUGAAUGGUGGCACAAGGUUUUGGUAUAAAUCUUCUGAUGAAUUGGGGUGUUUAAUUUAUUUACUUUAAUUCAUUUCGAGCACAGAAUCUUUUUUUUUCCUUUUAAAGAUUUGAUAAAUUUGAUGGUCCAUGAGAGAAGAAUUGAACACGUGUGAUAUUGAUCUUGUUUGUUUAUGUUUUGAUUAGACUAGAUUUAGAUUUAGAUUCGUGCUGAUCUCAUUUCUUUCUUCACUCGUUUCUCUGUUUAAACUCUAAUCUUUUGAUGUAUGACAUUCUAUGUUUUGAGUCUUUUUAUA